AUGUUCCGAACGGGUGUGCGGCGGUUUGCGACGUCGGCACGGAUGCUGCGGCCGACAGCAGCAUUGGCCCCAGCGGCGCCGUCGGCACACACGCUGGCGGUGGCACAGGCGCAAGGUGUGGUGGACGGGUUUGUGGGGGCGAUUGGCAACACGCCGCUGGUGCGGCUGAAGCACCUAUCAGCAGCGACGGGCUGCGAGAUUCUGGGCAAGGCAGAGUUUGCGAACCCGGGCGGUUCCGUCAAGGACCGGGCAGCGUUGUAUCUCGUCCUAGACGCAGAGGAGCGUGGGCUGCUGCGGCCGGGCGGCACAGUGGUUGAGGGUACGGCCGGCAACACAGGCAUCGGGCUGGCGCACGUCUGCGCGGCACGCGGAUAUCGGCUGGUGAUCUACAUGCCAGACACACAGGCGCAGGGCAAGAUUGAUCUGUUGCGGCUGCUGGGCGCCGAGGUGCAUCCGGUGCCGGCGGUCGCGUUUGAUCACCCGGACAACUACAACCAUCAGGCGCGGCGUCACGCCGAGUCGCUCGACAACGCCGUCUGGACCGACCAGUUUGACAACACGGCCAACCGGCGGGCCCAUAUUGAGACGACCGGUCCUGAGAUCUGGCACCAGACCGCUGGCCAGGUCGAUGCCUUUACCUGUGCCACCGGCACCGGUGGUACGCUCGCCGGCACCACGCGCUUCCUCAAGGACGUCUCGGGCGGCCGCGUGCGCUGUUUUCUCGCCGAUCCCCCCGGCAGCGUCCUGCACACGUACAUCCAGAGCGGCGGCCGGCUCGUCGACCGUGCUGGCUCGUCCAUCACCGAGGGCAUCGGCCAGGGCCGCGUCACCGCCAAUCUGCAGCCCGAUCUCGACCUCCUCGACGGCUCCUUCUCGGUGCCCGAUGAACACACCAUCGAGAUGCUCUUCCGCUGUCUCCACAACGAGGGCCUCUAUCUCGGCGCCAGCUCGGCCCUCAACGUCGUCGCUGCCGAGCAGAUCGCCCGCCAGCUCGGCCCCGGCCACACCGUCGUCACCAUCCUCGCCGACGGCGCCUACCGCUAUGCCGACCGCCUCUUCUCGCGCGCCUGGCUCACCCAGAAGAAGCUCGUCGACGCCGUCCCGUCUGACCUGCAGCGGCACAUUGUGCUGCCGUAG